GGCUUCCUGCUGAGUCUCCACUCUGUCGCUGCUGCUCCGCUACACAACACACUCUCAACUUCAAGAACCGGGGAAACAUCGACAUUUCGGGUGGAGUGGUGUUGUGGAGCUCAGGCAACAGGACUACAGACAUCAUGGUGAACAUCCCAGAAUACUAUGCAGGGAAAUGUGUGCUGAUCACCGGAGCAACAGGCUUCAUGGGCAAGGUGCUGCUGGAGAAGCUGCUGAGGUCCUGCCCAGGAGUUAAAGGCGUCUAUGUGAUGGUCAGGUCAAAGGCUGGUCAGAGCCCACAGGCACGCAUUGCUGACAUGAUCAGUGCUAAGUUGUUUGAAAGAUUGCAAGAUGAGCAGCCAGACUUUGCAGAGAAGAUCAUAGCAGUGAACAGUGACCUUACACUGCCAGAGCUGGAUCUUAGUAAAGAGGAUCAGAGCAUCCUGGCUGACAACAUUAACAUUGUUUUCCACUGUGCUGCCACCAUCCGCUUUAAUGAGCCACUCAAAGAUGCAAUGCAGCUGAAUGUCCUGGCCACCCAGAAGAUGCUGGCUCUGGCCCACAGAAUGAAGCACUUGGAGGUCUUCAUUCAUGUCUCCACAGCCUACGCUAACUGUGACCGAGAGCUCAUUGAGGAAAUUGUAUACCCUCCCCCUGUAGACUACCGCAGACUCAUUGAUUCUCUGGACUGGAUGGAUGACGAGCUGGUGUCUGCUCUGACUCCCAAGCUGAUCGGGGAGCGUCCCAACACCUACACCUACACCAAAGCCUUGGCUGAAUAUUUGGUGCAGCAGGAGGCUGGAGACCUCAAUGUAGCCAUAGUCAGACCUUCAAUAGUUGGAGCCAGCUGGAAAGAGCCCUUCCCAGGUUGGAUUGAUAACUUCAACGGGCCGAGUGGAAUAUUCAUUGCAGCUGGUAAGGGGAUUCUGCGCACAAUGAGAGCAUCUAAUGAUGCUGUGGCUGACCUGGUGCCUGUGGACGUGGUCAUCAACGCCACACUGGCUGCAGCUUGGUACACUGGAUCACAGACACACAACAGGUCUAAAAACAUCCUGGUUUACAACUGUACGACUGGUGGGAUCAACCCGUUUCAUUGGGGGGAAGUUGAGUACCAUGUAAUAUCCACAUUCAAGAGGAACCCCCUUGAGCAGGCCUUCCGUCGGCCCAAUGUUAAUCUCACAACCAAUCACCUAAUCAAUCAGUACUGGAUCGCCGUGAGCCACAAGGCUCCGGCCUUCCUCUAUGAUCUGUACCUCAGGCUGAUUGGACGAGAGCCCAGGAUGAUGAAGACAAUCACACGCCUCCACAAAGCCAUGAUGGUCCUAGAGUAUUUCACCAGUCACUCCUGGGUGUGGAACAACGACAACGUAGCCAUGCUGAUGGCCCAGAUGAGCCCAGAUGAUAAGAAGGUGUUCAAUUUUGAUGUCCGUCAGUUACACUGGGCGGAGUACAUGGAAAGUUACUGUAUGGGCACCAAAAAAUAUGUCCUCAAUGAAGAGCUGUCAGGCCUGCCUGCUGCACGCAAACAUCUCAACAAGCUGAGAAACAUCCGCUAUACCUUCAACACCAUUCUGGUGGUGCUCAUCUGGCGCGUCUUCAUCGCCCGAUCCCAGAUGGCCCGAAACAUCUGGUACUUUGUGGUGAGCCUCUGCUACAAAUUCCUCUCCUACUUCAGAGCUUCCUCCACCAUGAGAUAA